GACUGAAAAUGGCGGCUUCCAAAAUGAAAUGGCUUCCCAAAUAUUGUAGCUGUUCAAAAAUGGGUUGAUUUUGUCAAAACCAUUGUUAAAAGUAGUAGUAACAAUGUUUAGUCCUAUUCCUUACCUUUUGAAAUGAGCGAUAACAAUGGAACAGAUAAUGUAGCAAAACUAAUUAAUAUGAAUGGGGAUAUAGAUGAGUCAGCACAAUUAUAUAUUGUACAAGCAGAAGACGAUACUAUUGAUAAAGCAAGAAAGAGAAUGACCCACAAUUCAAUAGAGAAGAAGAGGAAGGACAAGAUCCGUUACUGGAUCAAUAAGAUAGGUGAACUGUUACCACCUAUAGAGAAUAGUCCUGAUAAAGAACGGAUGGGCAGGAGUACAUUAGAGAUAGUGGAAACAGCAUGGGAGUAUAUAACACAACUAAAGGCACAGACACAAACAACUCCAGAUAUGACAGAAGAUGUUCAAAGAUUGGAAAUUCAAAGAUUGAAAACAGAUAUAGAAAAGACCAAGUUAGAAAGGGAUAGAUACGUUGAUAUCAUUAGAAAUGCAGGUCUAUCCACAGACAUGACUCCUGGUAUAUGGGCCCAGAAGAAUGUCAGUCCUGUUUUGUCAGCAAUUAACAUCAACAAUCAGGACCUAGAUCCAAAACAAAAAUCAAACAAAAAUAGAAAACGUAACACAAUUAGUCAACAAUUAGAAAACAUGAAAAAACAACAAGAAGAGUUAACUGCCCCUAAUAUUAUGCAAAUGAAUAAUCAGAAUAUGUUAAUGAAUCAGAUGCAGAUGAUGAACAAUCAAAUGAUGAUUCCUAAUCAAGCAGGGUACCCUCAGACAUUUAUACCCGGUCAAAUGACAUUACCUGGUCAGACUGGUGACAAGGACCAGUCUGGAGGGGAUCUUUUGCAAGGAGCAAUGCAGGAAUCGGGUAUAACCCCAAGUAGUAAUUCUCAGACUGGAACAAUAGAAGAUUUGGUUACACAUCAUUCAUCGGACUCUGCAUUACAAACAUUAGCGUCAGUGGCAUCACAGAAUCUCGUUAGUGGAUCUACAGCUGUUGUGACUAGUCAGUCUGUGUCAUUAAGUAAUGCGUCACAAAGUAGUUCUGUUACCACAGUCACAACACAGUCUAUAAAUACUAGCAAUCCCAUAAUGGCCACAGGUCAAAUGAUGCAGAAUAAUUCGACUGGAUUAAUGCCAUUUGUAAAUGGACAACAAAAUUUCCCUGGAAAUAUGUUUCAAAAUCAGCAAGGAUUUAAUAAUCCUCUUAUACAACAACAACAACAACAACAACAGAUAGUGUUUAUUAACGAGCAAGGUAUUCCGUGUAUUGCAAAUGUACCAAUGGAUCCUAUGAUGCAGAACAAAGUGACAAAGACUGAACCGGCAAUGGAUCAAGCUUUUAACCAACAACAACAAAUGAACAUAGCAUUACAAAACCAGCUGGCUGGUUUAACUUCACAAAAUCAAAUGAAUAUGGCUGGUGGUCUCAUUCAACAACAGUUUCCGAUGAAUCAACAAUUAUUACAAGGACAAAUUGGUGCUACAAUGAACCAGCAAGGCCUAAUUCUACCGGUCAGCCAGGCUGGAAACUUAAUCAAUGUCAAUAAUAUGGCCGGUCAGAACCAGUUACCACAAGCUCUAAUUUUACCAAAUGGUCAAAUUGUACCUGUUGUCACAAAUCCACAAAUGUUAAGUACUGGUCAGAAUCAACUACUUCAGACCAAUCAGUGGAGACCACCUCAGCCAAUUACAUCUGCACCAAUGCAGAUAAUUCAACAGAACCAACCCCCAGCUGGACAGGACAUGCAACAACAAUCAUUAGGACUACUAAUGACAACAAACUCUGUCAGCAGCCAGUCGUCUCCAAGGCCACAAAUCUCCAUGGCUAAUCAGUCUUCCAUAACUACAUCAACUAUGUCACAAUCAGCUGUACCAAAUCACAAUAAGACAGUGGAUUCAUCUUUUCAGGAUUCCGUCAUGAACAAGGUCAAUACAACUGUAGAACAAAUGAUACAGGCACAGAAUGGCAUGUUGCCACAACCUCAGAACAAUGUAAUGGUUCCUGCAUCUACAUGUUCAUCACAAAUAAGUGCACCAAUGCAGCUACCAAAGCCUGCCAAUACCACAGUAGUAUCACAACCAAACCAUCCUCAGACGUUAUCGGGUAAUGCUCCGAUUAUCAUCAAUAUGUCUUGUAAUGGUCAACCAACAAGUAUAUUGGUUGAUCCUACAACAAUGCAGGUACUUGGUACCGUUCAGACCCAACAACCAGCUCCUGCUGCCGUCCCUCAAGCUCCUGCUCCACAACAGGCAACACCCCCUAGUGGGGCAAAGAAAUCAAAGAAAAGAGUACUUUGUCCAAAACCUUCUGCAAACGGACCUAAUGUAGAAGAUUCAAAUGUUGAAACUCAAACUGCUGAAUUGAAAAAGACAUCUGUUAACAAGUCAAAAGUGAAGCCUAAGAAAUCAGAACCAGAAAGUACCACGGACAUUUUAGCAAAGGCUGCUCAGUCUAUCUUUUCAUCGGAAAUAUCUCCGGUUAAUUUUUAUAAUCCUGCUAAUGAAGAUAAUCCCCUUCAAAUUGACACGAGUGCAGCAGAGCCAGAUGAUGAAACAAAGCGCUCUCCCCAGAAAGGGACGGAGAUUGCUAAAAAUUUGACAGAGAUUCAGCAGGAUGAGGUAGCUAAACUUAUAGAGGAUCAAAUUAAACAAGUUGACGAUCAAAAUAAAGCCGAAAAAGAAAAAGCAGUUUGUAAAAUUGUCGAUGAGAAUGUAAUGAAUAUAAUCAACGAAGAAGCAAAAAACUCUCUCUUAGUCAGUGAAAAUAAGGCAAAAAUUGAAGAGCAACCAAGUAUUGAACAAACAUCAAAGAAGGCAAAGAAAAGUAAAAAAUCUGAGCCAGAAAUGACAAAAGAAUCGGAACCUGAAGCUAAACCUAAAAAUAGAAAAGCAUCAAGUGGUCGUAAAGGAAAACAACAAGAAGAUAUCGUUGUUGAAUCAAAAGAUUUACCAGAAGAAAUAAUCUUUUCUGAAAAUGAUCUGUCUUCUGUACUUGAUCAGGUGGAAGGAUUAGCAUCACCACCACCAAGCAAAAAAUCAAAAAGUAAAAAGACAAAGUCUGAUACUAAUGAUAUUGAACCAGUGUCGAAGAAACGCAAACACACACCAACAAAAUCUAAGAUUGCGAGUGGGCCUGAAAAAGAACCGGUGGCAAAGACAAGUAAAAAGUCUGUUUACGAUUUUGAGGAGGAGGAGGAAGAGAUGGUUGAAGAUUUCUCCCAGCCUCUUUUUGGUUUACAUCCUUUGCGGAAUACGUCGGCUACAACAAAAGGGGGUGAAACUAAGAAAGAAAAAAGUGGUAAAAAAUCUAACGAUAAGAAAAAACCAAAAGAGGUUAAAAUGGAUGAUUCAUUGUUAUCUCCAGCUAGUGAUGAUCUUCAGAUUAAUUUGGAUGCUGACAAACAAAAGGAUGAGAAUUCUGUUUCCCCUGAGAAAAAGAUAGAAUCAUCGAAAACUGAUUUAUCUAAAAAUUCCAAACAGGACAUAGAUACUUCAUUUACCUCAGACAAAAGAAUGGAUUAUCCUAAUUUAGAAGUGACAAAUGGUUUUGCCACUCCCACUGAAAAUCAGACAAAUUCUGUGCAAAACUCAAAUUCAGAACUGCUGACACAUUCAGAUAUUAUGCCAUUAGACAUAUCAACAGGAAAUGAUUCUACUGAUAUUGACACUGCAAUGAGUAGUAUAUUAGGCUUUUCUACAAACUCUCUUUCGCCACACAUUGUUUCACCAAAGCCUCGUAACCAGACUACUGUUACAACUUCAUCUAUUUCUGUGAUUUCACCAGUAACGGUAUCAUCUGCAUCACCACUUUCUAUGGUGACUACUACAUCAUGCACUACAAGUACUCCUUCCACAUCACAAGAUUUAUCAGUGCUAAUAAGUGAAAGUGAAAAAUUAACUUCAACCUCCUUAAUACCUUCUGAGACUGGAUUAAGUAGUUUAUCAUCAAAAGAAAAACAAGAGUCUUUGCUGUUUUCACAGAGUAAACAAUCUGAACGAUCUAGUAAUUAUAGUGCUACAGACAAAUUACCAUCGGGUGCUCCACAGGCUUCAAUGGAAGUGAAUAAAAAAUCAAGUGAUAGCUCAAAAACUAAAUCAAUUUACUCUGCUGAUAAUUUCGUUCAGUCAAGUCGAAAUGAUCUGAUAUCAUCGUCCGUAAGUAAAUACAAUGAUAAAGUCAGCACAGUACAAAGUAAAACAACAUCAUCAAGUGUACCAGUAUCUUAUAGUACAACAAAUACUAGAAACAGUCGUAGUGAGGUAAAUGAUAGACCUAACACUAUAAAAUAUGGCCCGAGUCAUUCUUCAUAUCGUGAAGCCAGUCCAGAUGGUUUUAACUUUGCUAGUAUAGGUCUGAAUUUAUCCACCACUGCACCAUCGGGAUCUUUUAUUGACAGUUUGAACAUGUCGCCAAUUAUGUCAACAUGUUCAUCUGCAACUGCUGUAACAAGUUCGUUCACUUUUACUUUAUCUUCUGUGAAAUCGACUGUAACUCAGUCUAGUGCCCCAUCAUCACAUAUUCCGUCAUCCCACCAAACACAGACCUCACACUCAUCAUCACAGAGUAGCCCGUUUCCAGUGUAUCAAUCUGGACAUCACCAUUCUCCAGGAUCUUCCUCGUCUAAACCAUAUCAUGGUAUGAAUCUUACAAGUUUUGAAAUGGAUUUGUCAAGAAAUAUGAACUCACAAAUGAAUCGAAACUCUGUUCAGUCACAACAACAGCAGAGAUCAAAUCACGAUCGGAUACCUCCGAUGCAAAGCCAGAACAAUGUGCCUUUUCCUUAUGGUGCAGGUGAUGUCAACCGUGAAAGCUGUUCAUUGCGAGAACAGCCUAGGGAACUUCCCCGUGAACGUACACCUGUAUUUCAGAACAUAACAGCUACAACACCUCCUAUUGUGAACAAAUCUCAAUCUGAUCAAAUUAGAAAUACUCAAAAACAAAUUCAAGAUUUGAGCCAGAAUCAUAAUGUGCCACCUAAACAGCAUUCAGACAUGAAUAGAAAUAUGAAUACAGUGGAAAGGGCUGUUCCUAAUAAUAUGCAGCCAUUUUUCUCUGCGAAUCCCCUUAACACACCACCAUUACACCAUCCUCCUCUGAUGGUCGAUAAUGGUCGUCAGAAUAUGGGCACAAGGAAUGCAUAUGAACCUCCGUUUCCUCCUGCACAAUCUCAAGUCUAUAAUCCGUCAUCGUCUGCUCAAAGCUACAAUAGAUAUGAAUCAAAUUCAAUGCCUUAUUCAUCGCAUAAUAGCUCUGGUGGAACCCAGCCAUUAAGCCACACACCGCCUAGUAGUGAUGGAAGAAAAUCUGCAAAUGCAAUGACUACAAAUUCAAAGCAGAAUACAAAUCAGUCUGCAAGGGCAAUGAGUGGUCCAUCGCCAGGCUCUGGACCGACACCACCAGUGACGAAUCGUCACACACCUCCACAGGCUGUCCAUCCACAACAAACAAUGCCUAAAUCUCAAAGACCACCAACUGCUAGUAGUGGUAACAGUAAAAAGUCUAAACCUUCUCAAAAGAGAACAAAACAGCCUGCUUAUGAGAUGAAUGAAAUGCAUUAUCCAUUAUUUGACCCAAAUAGGAUGACACCGUUCUUAGGACUUCCUCCUCAAGCAUUGUCACCACCAUCAAGAAAUGUACAAAAUGAUGCACAUAUGUUUUCUGGAAACUUUUUAGGACAUAGUUCUAGACCAUUAUCAAAUUCUGCAUCUGCAAUGAACAAAAAUUCAGAUUUAGGAGGACCAUUCAAUUCAAUAUUUCCACCAUCUAGAGGACAAAAUGGUUUGGGAUUGAACUUUCAGUCAGGAUUUGGAAGUAUGCAUCCAAGCAUGUCUAAUGCCCCAUCUUUGACUCCGCAUUCAGGUGGUGUGACCGUCACUCCACAUAUGCCAAACUUUAAUUUUAGUAAUAUUUUUCCGGAUACAUCGCAAAGUGAUUCACCUAUAAACAUUUCUCCAAUCAAAUUUCAUGGAAAUCAGAUCAUGGAUUCUAACUCUCUUCAGCAUCACCAAGGGAGUUCACUCUUCCACCCACAUAAUAGAUCUCACCAUCCAUCACUCCCAAAUGCAAUGAGCAUAAACAGUAUCUUGGGACAUAAUCAUCACGGCUUUGACACACGACAAAUGACACAAGGCAUGAACUCGUCAGCUACACCUUUUAGCCAUGGACAUCCGCCUACAUUUGGAAUGCCACCAUUUUAGUUAUUGUUGAUCAUGUAAAUCCAUUUUAUCAUAUUGUUAGUGAAUCACAUACAAAAACAAAUAUUGUUAUGCAGAUUUUCAAUUUUUCAAACUGUAAUUUUUUAUUAGAAAUUUUUACUGUUUCCCAAAUGAUUUUAUUUUCUGACCGAUGUGGAGGUAUGAUAAGAUUCAUUAUUUGGCUUCCAACACUUUAAAAAUAGGAGGAUUUAGUCUGGUCACUUAGAAAGAAAUGUCUUGUGAUGUCAUGAAACUUUCAAAACUGGUAUAUUUGACAUAAAUUGCUAUUUUACACAUUGUUUUGCAUAAAAUUUAAGUAUUGGGCUUACCUGAAAAGAUAUUCUACUCGCAUCAAGAUCUUUGUCUAUGACAAAUUGUAGCAACAAAUUUUUCUCAUAUAAGACUGUUGAUUAUUACUAGAUAUAAAUAACAAGAUCUUUAAUUUAAAUGAGGCUAUUGUGUCAGUUUUAGCAGUUUCAUAUUAAAUUCAAAAAUUUGAAAGCCUGAGCAAAUAUAUAAGACAAAAUUCUCCGACUAUAAACACUAAUACCAGACAGACUUGUGAAUCGUAGGAUGUCAUUGGAUAGAAUUAUCAUUUAUUUUCAUUUUCAUUUUUCAAGGGCCCUAAAAAAAAUGGCCUUAUCAUGCCUUCUCCUAAGAAUUAAGUAGGUUAGCUAUGAUAUUUGUUAUUUUAAUGAUAUAAAAUAAUGCACAAUGAUAUGAAGCUCACAAAUUUUGUUUAUUGGUUAUUUUAUUUUUCAACGUAUUAUGGUGUUUAUACUUACACAGAGGUCAUGAAGGACAUGUUUUUCUGACAAAUAUGAUCAAAUUAAAUCUAUCUUUGUCAUAUUAAAAAGGAGGUAAUAAAUAUUUCAAAAGUUAUGUGAUUUUAACCACAUUAUUUUUUUAAAGAAGUUGAGAAUCUCAUUUUAAAAGGGAACUGGAUUUUGCAUUAUUAUUUCACUUUUGGUCUUCUGAAAGUAAUCACUGUAACGCUUUGUCUUUACUACUUAUACAGCUCAUAGUAAGGAGUCAGAAGAACAUUAAAAACAGAUUUUAACAAAGAAAACGACCUUAAUGACAUUAUUUGUUCAUAUUAUUUAAAGCUUCUAAUAGUUGCCUUUUAAAGAACACAAAUUGUAUGGGUAGAGGGUAAUAUAAUUGUCAGAUAAUUAAACAAAGGGUAUUGGAUAAUUGCAUAACUGUAAUAAGUAAGUACAAUCUUGUUAAAUUAGAUUUGAUUAAUAAAAUCAGUCGAAAGGAGAACUAAAGUAAUGCUUGAAGAAUAAAAUAGGGAAGAAAAAAUAUGUCUAAAAAGUAGAGAAAGCCUAAGGCUUUGAAAUAUUUCUGCAAAUAAAUUAAAAACAGUUAAGAAACAUAUUCUUGUUAUAAGUCUGAAUACAUUUGAACUAAUGGAAAAAAAGACUGUCAAAUUGACAAUGCCUGGAAAGAGAUUUUGAUACUUGAAAUUUUUUAAAUGUUCUACUGAAAACAAGGAGCUGCAAUAUAUAUAGAAUACAUUGGAUUGUGACUGAAGAAAAUCGGCCCUUUUUAGAAAUGUUGUUUCUUUGUUUAUAAAGUAAACAAAAGGUAACCAGGGUUAUCUUCCUUGAAUGGAAAUCUAACAACAGAGAAGUUUUUCGAAGUUUAAUUUUCAUAAAGGCAGCUAUUUUUCUUAGAAAACUAAUAAGUUUAAAACGAGUUGUUAAAACAAAUAUAUAAGAUUUCUUGUUUAUGUGAGGUAUGUAUUAAAUGGAUAUGUUGUUUUAUAAAAAAUGUACUUAUGGUCCUUUUUAAAGAUAAAUGUAUAAUACAAGCAUAGUGCUGUCCCUUUAAAAUAAAAAUUGCAUUUAGAACUUUUAAAAUAUUUUCUUAGGAAAGUGUUUUAUCCACCAAACACUAGACAAUUGCAUAAUAUGUUGAAAGGGUUUGUAACCUCUCUACUUAUUGUUUACUUUUUAUUUUAUUUGAGACUUUUUAAUGUGAUGAUCGCUUAACAUAUAAGUUAUUACUAAGAAAUAGGGAGACAGCUUAAUCUGUCAAAUUAGGGAUACUGAAGUAGUAUUGACCUAAAAUUGAUUUCUUAUUGUAGUCUUUUGGUGAUAAAGCAAUAAUUUAUACAAAAUGAAACUUGAUGCCUUAAAAAGUUUUACUUUUGAUAAAUUUAAUGGGAUUGUAGCUUUAAUGUAUUUCAAUUUUGAUGAAAAUAUAUACCAUUUUAACCGAGAGAAAAAACGGAAACAUUUUCUUUUUUAACCUUGGAAAAUGUCUCAAGCUUGAGUGAUUACUCAUUUGAGGAACUGUUCCUAUUUGGUAAGUUAUGCUUGACUGUUUAACACAAUUCUCAUUCUGAUGAUCUUAAUUCAUGUUAUUAUUGUUCCAUAAAUAGAUUUUUGUAGAAGACAGGGUUUUAUGAGGAUAUCUCACAUGCGUAAAUGUCCAGUCAAACAUACUUAGAUAUCACAGUUGUACUGGUUGUUACCAUGGUAACGGUCUCUAUGGAUGCCAUUUUGAUGCUUAGUUCUGCAUUGUGAUAUGUAUGGAAGUAAAAGAUUCACCAGAAUUUCGUCCAUCAACAUUUAUUUUUGUGCAAAGCAAGUGAGACAUAUCUCUAUGUUAUAUGUUUGUUUAUAAUGUUUGAAAGAACCACAAUUUUGUUUAAUUGGGAGUAAUCGACUUAAUAGGAUAAAACAAUAUGUUGAUCUGAAGAUGACUGGCUGGUUAUCUUGUGUUGUUGGGUGACUGUCUCAAGAUUUAUUUGCUUAUGUCAUUCAUCUUGGUUACUGAAAUGUGCCAAAAAAUCUUUUAGGUGAAUUGGGUCAUUUCUUUCAGUUUUGCUGUAUUUUUAUUCUUCAUUUUAAUAUAUUUCAAGUAAACAUAGUUAACAAUAAAGAAAUUCUUAUAUCAAAGCAUUCCAAAUAAGAUUACAAAGAAGCAUUUUGUUGUACUGCCAGACUGAACGUUGUUAACCAUGUAAAAAUAGUGUAAAAUUAAGCUUUAUAAUAUAUAUAAUCAGUAGACUUUUUCUUUCAUGCUAUUUUUAAUUAUCACAAUUUUUAAUUGUAUAUUACAAUGUGUUUGUGUGUAUAUGCAGUAAUGAUUUGUUAUACGUGUACAUUGUGUGCAUAUAUAGUAAUGAUUUGUUACACAUGCACAUUGUGUGUUUUGUUUUAUGCCCAAGUCUCUUAACUAGCUUCCAAAUGAUGCCAAACUUACAUUGAAAUCCAUAUUAGUUGUAUCAUUUAGAAAAAGUAUAAUUUCAUUAGAAAAAUAUAUUAUAUCAAGCAAAAAAUGCUCAGUGCCAUAUAGAAUAAUUAUAAUAUCACAAAAUGAUUGAAUUUUUAAAAAUGGAUAUAUUUCUUUUUAAAUACAGGUCAUAAUUGUAAUAUUAUUUAAUGACAAAAAAUAAUUGGUAAAUGCUUUUAUCAUUUAAGUUUUUCCAUAUCUUAUUUGUAGAACAAAGAGAAUCUAAAACUUAAAAGCUUUGAUUUAGGUGGUAUUAAUGGCAACAAGCUUUGCUGUGUAUUGAUGUUUGUACUUUGUUUGUUGGUGCUUGUUUUUACAUUGGUUGUCAUCCUACAUGUAUUUUAAAGGUUGUAUUUAUUGUAAUCAGGCAUUCAUUAUAUACACAAGUGAUGCACUUAUAUCGUUUUUUAUUUGUAAAAGAAUAUUUUUACUUAGACUACUGACUAUAUGUACAAAAAAUUUGCAAGAUACUUAAUGAAUUAUCAUGAUGUAGAUUUUUUUCAUCUUGUAAAAAGUAAGUUCAGUGCUUAAAUAUUAGGUUAAAAUGCUCAAAAAUUAUGUAUAUAAUUAGUAGAUAUAUUUAUGUAAAUUAUUUUGUCAUAUUUUAUAUAUAACUGAAUAUUACAUGAAACAACAGCAUA